CCGAGCGCGGCCGAGCACCCAACACCUCCGCCCGGCACCAUGAGCGAGGCGCCGGAGACCAGCGCCGCCAGCCCCGCGCCCGCCGCUCCGCCCGUCCCGGCCGCGGCUGCCGCGCCGCCCGCGCCCGCCGCCCCGGACGCCGCUCCUAAGAGCGCCGCCGCGCCGGGUGCGGCUGUUGCUGAAGCGGCCCCCGGCGCCGCCGCCGCCGCUACAACCGCGGCGGCCGAGUCGGCGAAGAAAGUGCUGGCCACCAAAGUUCUUGGCACAGUGAAGUGGUUCAAUGUCAGAAAUGGAUAUGGCUUUAUCAACAGAAAUGAUACCAAAGAAGAUGUCUUUGUUCAUCAGACGGCGAUCAAGAAAAACAAUCCACGGAAGUACCUGCGUAGCGUUGGCGAUGGAGAGACUGUAGAAUUUGAUGUAGUCGAGGGAGAGAAGGGUGCAGAAGCAGCUAAUGUCACAGGUCCAAAUGGAGUCCCCGUGGAAGGCAGCCGCUACGCUGCAGACCGGCGCCGCUAUCGACGGGGCUACUUUGGCCGACGCCGGGGCCCACCUCGGAGUGGUGGUGAGGGAGACAUGAAGGAUGGGGUCACAGAAGGAGGACAACUUCAGCAAGUAGUGCACAGGAAUCCUACCUACCGUCCCCGCUACCGCAGAGGGCCCCCUCGCCCACGCCCUGUCCCAGCGACUGGAGAGGCUGAAAACAAAGAGAACCAUCACGAGGCCAGUGCGAUGGGCCAGCAGCCGCUGCGCCGUGGCUACCGGCGCCCCUACAACUACCGGCGCCGGCCACGCCCAGCCAGCGCUCCGGCGCAGGAGGGCAAAGAGACAAAGGCAACUGAUACACCUGCUGAAAAUCCUGCUCCAGUGACAGAGCAGAGCGGUGCUGAGUAAUGUCCGGCUCCCCAGGCACUUCUACCAUCGCUCAGGUGUCCUAAAGUACAGCUCAAAAGUAACACCAAAGAAACACACAAGCAAUAAGUUGUCAACAGUGAUGAUGAAAGCAAAGAUUUGAGAUACCAAAAUG